UCCUGCAGAAAACAUCGAGAAGUAUGCCCUCCCACUUCCUCUCUUUUACUCUCCUUAUCUGAGACAUUCAGAAAUGACUCACUUUGAAACUCAUCCUGCGAAGUCAAAAAGUGCGAAAUUCCAUCCAUCAUCAUCAGAAACGCAGAGAGAGGGAAAAGAGAAAUGGUUCAGCAAGUUUCCCAAACAUACUUCACAACUUGAUUGUGGGUAAGAGAGAAGACCAGACUGUCGGUGUGGGGACCUCCAGGCCGGUGUGGGAGCCUUCAGCUACUGUCUCAGGCUUUUGGACAGUGGACCAAGAUAGCUGCCGUGGACAACAGGGAAGAAAGGGAUCCUGAUAGGACUUGAAUAUUUGAAUGGGUGGUGAUGGAGCUUCUCAAAGCCCUUUCAUGGAUAUAAAGUUGGGAACCUCUGGUCUAGAAGUUAUUGUUUGUUGGAGUGCCUGGGUGGCUCAGUCAGUUGACCAUCUGACUUCGGUUCAGAAGUUUAGCAAUGGAGUCUUUCUCUGCUGAGACCAACUCAACUGACCUAUCUUCACAGCCCUGGUAUGAACCCCAAAUAAUCUUUUCCAUGGUCAUUCUUAGCCUCACUUUCUUAUUGGGGUUGCCAGGCAACGGGCUGGUGCUGUGGGUGGCUGGCCUAAAGAUGCAGCGGACAGUGAACACAGUUUGGUUUCUCCAUCUCACGCUGGCGGACUUCCUCUGUUGCCUCUCAUUGCCCUUCUCCCUGGCUCACUUGGCUCUCCAAGGACACUGGCCCUACGGCUGGCUCCUAUGCAAGCUCAUCCCCUCCAUCAUUGUCCUCAACAUGUUUGCCAGCGUCUUCCUGCUGACUGCCAUUAGCCUGGAUCGUUGCCUUUUGGUACUCAAGCCAAUCUGGUGCCAGAAUCACCGAAGCACGGGGACAGCCUUCACUAUCUGUGGAUGUAUAUGGGUGAUGGCUUUUGUAAUGUGUAUACCUGUGUUCAUGUACCGGGAAACAUUCACUAUAGGCAACCAUGAGAUGUGUGGCUACAAUUUUGGCUUCUACGGCUCAUUAGAUUCAGACCUUGCCUUUGAUCUACUGGGAAAUGGAUCUCUUGACAACUCCAUUGUUCAGCUGCCUGGAGAAAUGGAUGACAGAUUAGAGUCUUUCUCUGACCGAACCAAUGAUCCGCCUUGGACAGCCACCACUAUCCUCCAUUCUCAAACAUUUCAAAGACCUUCUGGAGAGUCAUUCCCUGUAGAUUCAGCUAAAUUAUCUGGUCAACAUCCACAUUAUAAUUUAUUGAAGGCUGCUAAUGAGGUCUCACCUACAGUCCCCAGUGGGCUUCCCAUUGAAGAUCACAGAGCUAACCUACUAGGUUUAGAGCUUUAUUCUAGUACUUCUAACAAUUCCUCAUACAUGUAUGAGCUAUUCCAAGAUUUCCAGGAUUAUGAUUUAGGCCAAUUUCCAUAUGACAAUUCAGUACAAAGUCCCCUGCUGGCAAUAACCAUCACUAGACUAGUGGUAGGUUUCCUUCUGCCCUUAAUUGUCAUGGUGGCCUGUUACAGCCUCAUUAUCUUCCGAAUGCGACGGAGCCACUUCAGCAAGACUCGGAUCAAAACCUUGAAAGUGGCCAUGGCUGUGGUGAUUGUCUUUUGUGUCUGCUGGGCUCCAUACCACAUUGUUGGAGUCCUAUUACUGUUUUUUGACUCAGAAACUCCCUUUGGAGAAGCUCUGGUGUUUUGGGACCCUGUGUCCAUCGCUCUAGCCUCUGCCAAUAGCUGCUUUAACCCCUUCCUCUAUGCCCUCCUAGGGAAAGAUUUUAGAAAGAAAGCAAAGCAGUCCAUGAAGGGCAUUCUGGAAGCAGCGUUCAAUGAAGACCUCACACAGUCUAGCAGUUGUCCCCAAAGCAAGGUCUUUUCGGAAAGAAACAGUAUCAGUACAUCUGUGUAAAAAUAUGGAACAGUUGACCAAAGGGCAGGUUCUUAGGUAUUCACCUAGUGCGACAUGUUUCUAAAACAAUAAGGGAUAUCGUGAGCAGGGGGUUUCAGAAACCAUCAAAGAAUCAACCCAGAGGUUCUCAAAGUAUGGUCCCAGUCUAGUGGCAUCGGGAUCACCUGGAAACUUGCUGAACCAGAAUGUCUGGGGGCGGGGUCAGGAAAGUGUUUGUGUUUUAACAAGCUCUCCUGUUUCUAAUGAAUGCUAAAUUUGGAAUUGUUGUAAAAAUUAGUCUAGUUCUAUCCCAACCUAAACUAAAUGACAUCAAAGAGAACCUAGUCUGUUUCAAAAUGAUUUUUCCACCAUGAUAUUUUUUAAAUUUUUUUAACAUUUAUUCAUUUUUGAGAGACAGAGUGUGA